AGAGAGAGAGAGAUAGAACUUCCUCUCCGGUUCGCAAAGUGAAGUCACUUCCCAAAAUUAGCUGAAAAAAAGUUUCAUCCGGUUAACUGUCUCUUUUUCGCUCCGCUACGACAACAAACGUGCACAGGGAGCGAGGGCAGGGCGCUCGCGGGGGCACGCGGGGAGGCCCGGGCGCCAGGGGGGCCGCGCCGGGCUGAUCGCGGGGCUGCGAGGGCAGGCUGCAACCGGGUCAAUGUGUGGAAUAUUGGGGGGCUCGCCUGCAGACUUGGCCAGAUGGACGGGACUAUUAAGGAGGCUCUGUCGGUGGUGAGCGACGACCAGUCCCUCUUUGACUCCACGUACGGAGCAGCGGCCCAUCUCCCCAAGACCGACAUGACCGCCUCAGGGAGUCCUGACUACGGCCAGCCCCACAAAAUCAACCCCCUCCCACCACAGCAGGAGUGGAUUAAUCAGCCGGUGAGGGUCAAUGUCAAGAGGGAGUAUGACCACAUGAAUGGAUCCAGGGAAUCUCCGGUGGACUGCAGUGUUAGCAAAUGCAGCAAGCUGCUUGGGGCAGGCGAUUCCAACGCCAUGAACUACAACAGCUACAUGGACGAGAAGAAUGGCCCGCCUCCUCCCAACAUGACCACCAACGAGAGGAGGGUCAUCGUCCCUGCAGACCCCACGCUGUGGACACAGGAGCACGUGCGGCAGUGGCUGGAGUGGGCGAUCAAGGAGUACGGCUUGAUGGAGAUUGACACGUCCUUCUUCCAGAACAUGGAUGGCAAGGAACUGUGCAAAACGAGCAAGGAGGACUUCCUCCGAGCCACCUCCCUCUACAACACAGAAGUGCUGUUGUCACACCUCAGUUACCUCAGGGAAAGUUCACUGUUGGCCUAUAAUACAACCUCCCACACAGACCAGUCCUCACGACUGAGUGUCAAAGAAGACCCUUCUUAUGACUCAGUCAGGAGAGGAGCAUGGGGCAAUAACAUGAAUUCCAGCCUCAACAAAAGUCCCCCCCUUGCAGGAGCACAAACAAUGAGUAAGAACACUGAGCAGCGGCCCCAGCCAGAUCCAUAUCAGAUCCUGGGUCCGACCAGCAGUCGCUUAGCCAACCCUGGAAGCGGGCAGAUCCAGUUGUGGCAAUUCCUCCUCGAGCUGCUCUCCGACAGCACCAACGCCAGCUGUAUCACCUGGGAGGGGACCAACGGGGAGUUCAAAAUGACGGACCCCGAUGAGGUGGCCAGGCGCUGGGGGGAGCGGAAAAGCAAGCCCAACAUGAAUUAUGACAAGCUGAGCCGGGCCCUGCGAUACUACUAUGACAAAAACAUUAUGACCAAAGUGCACGGCAAGAGGUAUGCCUACAAAUUUGACUUCCACGGCAUCGCCCAAGCUCUGCAGCCUCACCCGACCGAGUCUUCCAUGUACAAGUACCCUUCCGACAUCUCCUACAUGCCUUCCUACCAUGCGCAUCAACAGAAGGUGAACUUUGUCCCUCCCCACCCAUCCUCCAUGCCUGUCACCUCCUCCAGCUUCUUUGGAGCAGCGUCACAAUACUGGACCUCCCCCACAGGUGGAAUCUACCCCAACCCCAGCGUCCCCCGACACCCCAACACCCACGUGCCCUCACACUUAGGCAGCUACUACUAGACGCUUAAUCAUCAGUGGCCAUCUCACUGAAGCCCCGUCCCUCACACCUCCUGGGAUUCUUAGGACUCUAAGGGACAUGUGUGGCCUGGAAGAGAACACAAAACUGGAUGUUCUUUUUUGUUGGAUAGAACCUUUGUAUUUGUUCUUUAAAAAUCAAUCCUUUUAUUUUUUAAUGUUGUUAAUCAUGCUUCCUGUACCUUGAACAAAGAGACGGCUAAUUCUGUGGGCCAGUUUGGAUUCUCAAUCUCCUAUUAUUUUAUGAGUUGAAUAUUUAGAUUACUGGAAUGGUUGUAUCAUGGUUCUAGGAAAGAAACUAGAUUUUCUUUAUAUUUUUAUGACUAAAGCAGUUUCUUAUCAACACACGGGUCUCAUCACGGACCUUGUAGGGUUCAGUAUACUAAAGGGUCCUGGACUUAACCAGUUAUGCUCUGGUUUGAGACUCAGUGAAAAUAGAGGCAAGAAGCUUAUAAUCUUAUUUUAAGAGGACCUAAUUCAGUGGAUGGCAACUGGAACAUUGGUUGUAAGGCCAGUGAAGUUUUCACCCAACUGGAAUUUAAAAGAAAGAACGUGUGUGUAUUUAAGAAGCCAUGGGCAUUGCAGGUUCCCUCUCAGUGGGCAAUAUGCACUAGGCUGACCAUUCUCUCUAGAAAAGGUCAAGAUAUAAACUAAGAAAUGUUAAUGCAAAUGCAGACAUUCCUGAAAGACAGAGAAAUAAAUAACUACUUUUUUUUUUUUUUUUUAAAUAAUGACAGUGGGUCCCAGAACUUUGAAAAGUCUUAGGGAUUUCUAAACACAAACAGAUUCGCAAGCGCUGUGCGCUUGUCAGACCAUCAAUCCAGGGUCAACCAAUCAGAAGGCAACUUACUGUAUAAAUUAUGCAGAGUUAUUUUCCUAUAUCUCACAGUAUUAAAAAAUAAAUAAUUAAAAAAUUAAAAAUAAAUAAACGAGUUGACCUCGGUCACAAAUACAAUUUUACUAUCAAAUCUGUCGUUAUUUUUUUAAAUGUAAUUUGUACAUCUUUUGUCAAUCUGUACAUUUGGGCUCUUUGUACUUUUUAUAGCUGGUUUUUAAAAAAGCAUAAUGUGACUAUUGCUGAAAAGAAAACGGACAUUUAAGUCACCGAUUUACUAGAAAGAGAAGCACUGGUGCAUAAUUUAACAGGCGUGCACGAGCAAAGAAAGGCGAUCCAUUUCCAUUUCUAAUGCUUUGGAAGUGUUUGUAAAUAACCGCACUGCAGGAAUCACAACUUCGGAAAAACAACAACCAAACUUUCCCAGAUGCAAGGGAUUUUCCUGCCUUAUAUAUGCAAUAUAUUUUUUAGAUAUUAAAAUAUAUAUAAUUUUACAGGUAAUCGUUGACUUUUUUUAAACUAUAUUAAGUGUUAAGCUGACAACUGUCAAUGAAGACUAUGUUGUAAAAUAAUUUGACUAAAUAAAUUGUGCCUUCUCUCAGAA